AUGGGAAACGGAUCAUCCAUUGAUACGUCAAAAACUAUCUACUUGUCGAUUGCCGGAAAAAGCGAAAAGAUUAUUUUAAGUCGGUUCUGUGGCUCCAGAGACAUCCAUGAACUGAUAGCACAAGCAGCAGGAGUCAGUAGGUACUCCGGAAUAACCUUGCGAGAUAGCAAUGGGGCCCUGGUACCAAUAUCCCCGUCUAUGGCUAAAAACGCUCCAUCAUCGCCUUACGAAGUGAAUAUCACCUCACCUACAUUAGCGAAUAGCGAUGGCGAAGCUGUUAAGCAGGUGUUAACACAAGUGACCGAACAGUUCAGCAACUAUCAAAAUGAGGAUAUGACCAGAGUAUUUAAAGUGGAAGAGAUGCGAUCUGAGCUGACGAAUCGUAUCACCCUGCUGGAACGGCGUCUUGAACUCGAGGGACUGAAAGCUGUCGAAAUUGAAAAAUGUAAGCGGGAUAUAUCUGAUAUCAAAAAUCAAAUGUGGACUUCACAAAAGAAAGUCAUCGACUUCAACAAUAUGAGACCUACCUAUUUAACUGACUCUUAUAGUGCGUUGAGCGACGAAAGGAAAAUCAGCUUGAAGCGAGACGUACCGUCCUACCCUAAGUACACACUUUCUCAAGAAACUGUGAAUUAUCUGAAGCAGCCGACUUUCGAUAUAUGGCAUUGGGAACCCAAUGAGAUGUUAAGUCUCCUGGAACAUAUGUACCAUGAGCUCGGGUUGGUGACGGAAUUCAACAUCAAUCCUAUCACGCUGAAACGCUGGCUGCUUUGUGUACAGGAAAACUAUCGGAACAACCCUUUUCACAACUUCCGGCACUGCUUCUGUGUAACGCAGAUGAUGUACGGAAUGAUCCACCUAUGUAAACUGUGGGAAAAGAUGUCACGUGAGGAUCUCGGCGUGCUGCUGACGUCAUGCAUAUGUCACGAUCUUGAUCAUCCGGGUUAUAAUAAUACCUACCAAAUCAACGCACGAACAGAGUUGGCCAUUCGUUACAAUGAUAUAUCUCCCUUGGAAAACCACCAUUGUGCGGUAGCAUUCAAAAUACUCUCGAAUCCAGAGUGCAAUAUAUUUGCUAAUACAGAUAAAGACGUUUACAAACGGAUACGAGCUGCUAUGACUAUGUUGAUUCUUGCCAGUGACAUGGCACGUCACGGAGAAAUUAUGGAAUGUUUCAAGGCUAAGAUAGAGCUAGGCUUUGACUUCCACGAUAAAGAGCAGAUGGAAACGCUGAAGAUGGUGUUGAUAAAAUGUUGCGAUAUCUCAAACGAGGUACGCCCAAUGGAGGUAUCAGACCCUUGGGUGGACUGCCUGCUGGAGGAGUAUUUCAACCAGUCUGACAGGGAGAAAAUGGAGGGACUUCCGGUAGCUCCUUUCAUGGACAGAGAAAAGGUGACGAAACCUACGGCACAGAUCGGGUUUAUCAAAUUCGUACUUAUACCCAUGUUUGAGACGGUAGCUCAGCUUUUUCCCAUCAUAGACAGAACGAUGGUUGAGCCUCUUAGAAUCGCGCGAGAUCGGUACGAGAAUAUGAAGGAAAAGACUUCGGCACCUGCUACAACUGCAAAAAAAGAAGACUCGUAG